AUGGCGAGCGGUACACUUUAUACCUAUCCGGAAAAUUUCCGAGCAUACAAGAUCCUCAUUGCUGCAAAAUACAGCGGGGCAAACGUGACUGUAGCUUCUGCUCCACCGGCUUUUCAGUUCGGAGAGACCAACAAGUCCAAAGAAUUUCUGGAUAAAUUCCCCAUAGGAAAGGUACCUGCCUUUGAAAAUUCAUCCGGAGAAUGCUUCUUUGAGAGUAAUGCCAUUGCCCACUAUGUUGGGUCAGCUCAGCUGCGAGGCACAACAGAUGAAGAUGCUGCCCACAUUCUCCAGUGGAUCAAUUUUGCUGACAAUGAGAUCCUCCCUGCCUCCUGUACCUGGGUAUAUCCUUGCCUUGGUAUUAUUCAGUUCAAUAAGCAGGAAACUGAAAAGGCCAAGGAACAAAUCAAAAAAGUCUUAAAGAUUCUGAAUGACUACCUGCAAACUCGCACAUAUCUGGUGGGUGAACGUAUCACCCAAGCAGAUAUUACUGUUGCUUGCAAUAUGCUGCAGUUGUACAAAUAUGUACUUGAUGCAGAAUUCCGAAGCCCCUAUAUUAAUGUCAAUAGGUGGUUCACUACAAUGAUCAACCAGACGCAUUUCAAAUCUGUUGUUGGCAAUGUACAAAUGUGUGAAAAGAUGGCUCAGUUUGAUCCAAAGAAAUACGCUGAGAUUCAUGGUCAGGGAAGGAAGGACAAGAGGGAUAAGGCGCAAAAGACAGAAAAGGCAAAAACCCCACCAAAGCCCAAGCAACAAGAGGUAAAGAAAGAUCCUUCAGAGGAACCCGAACCCAAGCCUCCAAAGAAAGAAGAUCCUUUCGCCAAGUUUCCAAAAGGAAAUUUUAACAUGGAUGAAUUUAAGAGAACUUACUCUAAUAAUGAUACUGUCACUGUAGCCAUGCCAUACUUUUGGGAACACUUUGAAAAAGAAAAUUAUUCUAUUUGGCGUGGAGACUACAAGUAUAAUAAUGAGUUGACUCAAGUUUUCAUGACCUGCAACUUGGUAGGAGGAAUGUUCCAGCGUUUAGAGAAAAUGAAGAAAAAUGCUUUUGCGUGUGUUCUGAUUUUUGGUGAAAAUAAUUCAAACUCUAUAUCUGGCAUCUGGGUAUGGCCAAGCCAGGAAUUAGCCUUUGAAUUGUGCCCUGACUGGCAGGUUGAUUAUGAAGUAUAUGAGUGGACCAAGCUGGACCCUGAUGAGGAAAAGACCAGGACAAUGGUAAAAGAAUAUUUUGCUAUGGAGGGAGACUUUGAUGGCAGAAAAUUCAACCAAGGCAAAGUUUUCAAAUAA